GAUUAAAAGAGUUAUUGUCCCCCAAGUAAUCUUUGAUCAUUAAAAAAGGAGAAAUUAAUGUGUCAGUUUUAAUUGGAUUUAACUAAGAACAAGUGGUUUUUUGUGUUAUGCUCUACGAGAUAUGCUCAAGAAUCUAAUUCGUGAUUCCGUUUGUAGUAAAUAUAGUAAUGUAACUUACUGUUGCUUCCGAAAUUUUUAUCAGAAAAUGCAAAAUCAAGAGUAUAGAAAUCCGGAUGCAAAUAACUUUAUGAGAACAUCAUUCAAUGAUGAAGACAAAAGUGUCCAGAGAGAUUUACUGAAAAAUUUAAGAAAGUGGGUGCCAAUCGAUCAAACAAAUAAACCUGGAUUUAUCUUCACAAUAUUUAAUUACAACAUACUAAGUCAACAGUUGUUGGAAAAUCAUAGCUAUUUAUACCAAGACAGUCCUCGAGCUGCACUAAAAUGGAAUAAUCGUCUAUACAAUAUUGUAGGAGAGAUAUUCAAAACAAAUCCGUCUAUUCUAUGUUGCCAAGAAGUUCAAUGGAAUCAUCUUUCGCAAAUACAAAACAGAUUGAAUUGCAUGAACUAUGCUGUCCUAUUUAAGAAGCGUACUGGAGAUAAGUGCGACGGUUGCGCGAUUUUCUACAAGAAAGAUCUAUUUCAACUGAUAGAGGAACACAAUGUUGAGUUUAAUCAGCCAGGAAUUGAACUACUAAAUCGUGAAAAUGUUGCCAUAAUUGCAAAGUUAUGCUUAAAAUCAGAUCCAACUAUACAGUUUCUAGUAGCGACAACACAUUUGUUGUAUAAUCCACGGCGUGAAGACAUUAGAUUGGCUCAGAUACAAAUCUUACUAGCUGAAUUGGAUAGACAUGCUCAGAUAAUUGACUCAAAUGGACAAAAGACAUAUAUGCCUGUUAUUCUGACGGGAGACUUUAAUUUGAAGCCAUACUCGGCUCCAUAUACUUUUUUAACUAACGGCGUACUGAAUUAUGCGAAUUUGUCGUCUAGAUCAUUGGUUCAAGUUAACAAAGGAUCACAGACAAAUCAAGCCAAUGGUCGUCGCUUACUUCCGAUAAAACUCGGUAUAACAGACAAUUGUCAACACGUGAGUGAAAUCAAGCUCUAUCAUUCAGAACAGAAUAAUGUUGCUCAUAAUGGACAUGAGGAUAUAGAAUUGACAAAAGAGACAGUCAAUGAUUUUCAAACAGGAACCCUCCGUCAUUCGUUUAACUUUAAGUCCGUUUAUCACAACAACGGAUAUGAUUUUAACUAUGUGUCAACUUAUCAAGAUCAAUGGAUUCUCGUCGAUUACAUCUUUUAUUCCAGCGAAAAUAAGUCGAAUAAUAUUAAUUUGCAAUUAUUAAACUAUUUAUCACUUCCAACAUCCGACGAAUGUGACAGAUUAAAGUUGAGAAUUCCUAAUCCAAUAUUGGGAUCUGAUCACUUGUCGCUUGCUGCUCAAUUCAAGCUCUACUCGAAUGACAACAAUAAUUCAUCCGUUGGAAAGAUGACAAAGCUUUAAACAAGUCCUAAUUUUAGAAGAUGAAACCUAUUUUAAAUGAUGCUAUGAAAUAGUAAGUGAUAUCAUAUUUUUGCUGACAUUUACAGACUUCUCAAUACCUAUGUAAUUUAAUGAAUGAAAAAUGAACUGUUAUUAUCUACAUAAAUAAAUUAAACAGAAUCAAUUAACUGUAGACAAUACGAUCAAG